CCCAAGUGUUAUUUAUUCAGAUAUCUACCAAUCGAGAUAUAGGUACGUCAAUAUUGAAAAAACAGUAGUUACUUUGUAUUGUGUUCGACAAUUCGGGUAUUUUUAUAUUUUAAAAGCUUCCUAAUAGAAUAUUCUAAGUAGCAUGUGUUUACACACUGUGUCCAAGAUUAAAAUCUAUUGUAUCUUGGUGUAAACGACGAUAUAUAUUUUAUUACCAUAGUAUACAGUGAAUCAAAUAAGUAGAAAAUUUCAAGAUCGUGAAUCUCGGUUGGAACAUCGCCUCGUAUGUGUGUUAACACUAUCAAAUUCGAUUAUAAACAUACACCGGACCGAAAAUAUCGAGUAUAAAUGUUUGUUGUGACGUUUGCCGUAAAUGUUUGGAUUGUUUGAUCCAACACAGGCUUCUCGCCGGUUGUUGGUGUAGAGAGCGCGCCGAACAUUUUCGAAUUGAAUCAGACAUCGAUUGUAAUUUCCACUUACACGUACUUCAAAACAUGCUCGAGUUAGAGAAAACGAGCCACUGAAGAUUUAUCGCAUGCAGUAAAAGUUGCGUUGUUUGUUUCCAUGGAAAUAUGAUCACCAUUGUUUAUUGGCGCGUUUGUUUGUUGUUCGUCGUUUGUGGAUGUCAAAGCAUCUCGGAUGAAGAAGAAAUGUUCAAUGAUUACCCAUUUGACGUUCCUCAACAAGAAACUAAAACUAUGAGAGUGAAAAAUGGAACACCUUUAACGUUUAAAUGUCAUCACGAAAGGGCAAAAUGGCAUUUUAAGCCAUGCGAUUCGAAUUUUUAUGGAAUAGUUUGUAACGAAAAUCGCCAUUGGAGAAAAUUGGAAAACGAAACUAGAGGCAGACUACAUUUUGAGUCGGCUAGUAAACGACAUAGCGGACUAUACAGAUGUUCUCAAAAUGAUGGUUCCGUUAAAUUAUUCAUGUUGGAUGUUUAUGAUCCAGGUUACAAUGGCGCACCUCCAAAAGUUAAUCCAUUGCAAAUCUCAAAUAUAACCGGUCCCAUUAACAUGGAAUUCACUAUUCAAUGCAGGGUAACCAGCGAAGUUCCACCCACGAUUAUCUGGUUCAAGAGUUGUUUCGGUCACAAAUGCGACUUCCGUUAUCACCAGACCUGUUACUGUCACAUCAACACCUCUAUCUCGAACUACAACACGGGGAGCACGUAUCUCAGCAAAUAUUUGAUAUUUAACGCUAGAGAUGUAGACAGCGGAACGUACAUCUGUUUAGCCGUUAAUCAGUUCGGUAAAGACGAUCAGAACGUUACUAUAAGUGUUCCGAGCAAGAAAUCUAAUAACGAGUUUUAUUCGUUGUUAUUUUUCAUACCCUUUGGAUUGUUGUUGGUGCCAUUGACUGUUUGGUUCUGCUAUUUCGAAAGGAGAAAAAAAUCUGCGGAAAUCGUUGUCGAUCAACAAAAACAGCUAAUCAGGCCGGCGACGGUGGCGGUAAAUGAGGUUGUUUAGGAACUUUUCUAUUAUGUUGUAAAGAG